CCUCUGGCACCUUUGCUGAAAAGACAACUGUACUAUGAAGAGGGGUUGUAUGAAGAAGCAUUAAUACAAUUUAAAAAAAAAUCAAGGAUACAGAUUGUCACACAAUGUAUCAGCUUGGUGUAAUGCAUUAUGAUGGACUAGGCACUGAAGAAGACCCUGAAAGGGGAAUAGAAUACAUGAAGAAAAUACUCUACUCUGAUUCCCUGAAAGCAAGACACUUGCAGUUUGCAGCUGCAUACAAUCUUGGCAGAGCGUAUUAUGAAGGAUGUGGUGUUAAGCCGUCAGCUGAAGAGGCUGAAAGGUUGUGCAUUACUGCUGCAGACCAUGGAAAUCCAAAAGCAAGUGCGAAGCCCCAGAGUACUUUAGGAAUGCUUUAUUCUGUGUCAGUUCUAAAAGAUCUGAAGAAGGCCUUUUUCUGGCAUUCAGAAGCAUGUGGCAAUGGAAAUCUGGAAUCACAGGAUGCACUUGGUGUUAUGUAUCUCUACGGCCAAGGUACACGUCAAAAGACUUAGGCUGCUUUGGAGUGUUUGAGAGAAGCAGCAGAACGUGGAAAAUAUGCUUAAGGCUAUCUUGUGGAAUAUUAUUACAAUAGAAAGUUUUACUCAACAGCUGCUGCAGUCGCCAAAAGGAUUACAGAAAACGACGACAUCGAUAUGCUAGCAAAGAUAACUGACUGUCUUCGUACAUAUGUAGCCAAGGGGGUUGCUAUGGCUGCUUUCUACUUGGCUAGAUGUCUCCAGCUUGGCCUAGGUGAACAGCAAGAUCAAGCUGCUGCUAAAAAAUACUAUUCUAAGGCAUGCCUUCUGGAUCCUGGUGUUGCUUCUGACCUUGAACUGGCAGCUAAUCUUGGGAGAAUUUAG